AUGGCUUCGUUGCGUGCAAGUGGCAACUUCGAGGAGAAGUCGGUUCACAGCAACGUGAGCAUGCUGGACGCGUUUGACUUCAGCGCGCUCGAAGAGAUGGACCCGUCCCUCUCCGAAGGACACCGUGUGGUUUACGAUCGCGAAGUGCCUUUCGAGCUGCGGGUGCAGGACGCUGAGUCAGGUCCACAGGAAGUGGGCACGCUAGAGGCGAUUCGAUGCAAGAUCCUGGCACUUGGGGAGGAGCUCAGCCCCCAACACUGCAGGAUUGAGCUGACCAGCGAGAACGACCUCUUCUUUCACUUCGUCCAUAGCGUGGACGAGCACAGCUUCAGAGAAAUGCAGGAGCAGCAGAAAUUGAUGAUCGAUUUCCCGGACUACGUGGCCGUGGUCAUCAAGAUGCUCAACAACUGCAUCAAGGAACCACAUAGCUUCCUGGCCGUCUUCGUAAUGCAGCGAGACGGCCACGCGCGCUUGGACUUCAUCCAAAACAUGGAGUACAAAUUCGUAGAACUCCUCUCCUGCGACUUCAGGGCCUCGCCGGAGGAAGUCGUUCGGCAGCAGAUCACGUUCCGGUAUAACAGCGUCAAAGGCCGGCUCUCCCUGAUGCAGGCGAGGCUUUCGGACAUGAGCGCGCUGGUCAAGGUGAAAAACCCGUCUUUGCUGCUGCAGCUUCAGAAGGCCCCUAACCGGCCUACUCCCAAGCGCUGA